AUGUCUGGUCCGCAGAAUAACCUGCAAGAACAACUGGCAAGGUUACGGCAAUCAUCUUCAUCUGGUGCUUCUGGUCAAGCCCAAAGAGGAUUUAAAUUCAAGAAAGUUAUAGGAUCCUCUCUCAGUAUCAAGAAGCCAACCACCACUAAUCCUGUACGACCACCACCACAUAAUGACAAACCCAAUUCAUUCAACAAAAAUCUAAGCAAUAGUUCAAACCUGCCAAGUGGCCGCUCUUCCUCUCCAGUAUUCCCUUCAUCAACAGCUAUCAAAAAUAAAGCAGCAGAAGUGAAUCAAACCUCAAUAUCUACCUUCUUUGGGUCGAAGCCACCUGGUACUGGCAGCAAUGGUCAGAGAGGGUCGUCUUCCUUCAACCCACCGCAGGCUAAGGUCAAACCCAUGGCAGCUGUGGCACCCCAUCGGUAUGAAUACAGUUCAUAAGCUAGAAGUUCUCUCUGGACAUUGUUUCCCAUCGGCCGAGGCUAAGGGUUUGAUUUAAUUAAUUAGAGCAAAAAUGUCAA